CUGUGAAGUUGUCUUGCUGUUGUCUAAACAUGAAGAGCUCUGUGAUUUUCCUCAUCCUCUCCUCUGUGGUCUAUGCAGAAAUAAAGUUUCUGCAUAUUGAUUUACAUAUUGGUGGAUGCAGUGACUCAGAUGGAGUUGAUAUGUAUGGACUUGACGGUGAAGAGAUGUGGUACGCAGACUUCAACAAGCAGAAGGGAGUGGAGCCGUUGCCUCCAUUUGCAGAUCCACUCACCUACCCUGGAGGUUAUGAACAGGCUGUAGCCAACCAACAGAUAUGUAAACAAAACCUGGCUGUAGAUAUAAAAGCCUACAAGAACCCAGAAGAGAAAAUAGUCCCUCCUCACAGCAGCAUCUAUCCCAGGGAUGAUGUGGUUUUGGGGAUGGAGAACACUCUCAUCUGUAAUGUUAUUGGGUUCCACCCUUCACCUGUGAGAGUCAAAUGGACCAGGAACAAUCAGAUUGUAACAGAGGGAGUACGUAUGAGCACCCCUUACCCCAACCAGGACUUCUCCCAUAACCAGUUCUCCAGUCUGACCUUCACUCCAGAGGAGGGAGACAUCUACAGCUGCACUGUGGAGCACCAAGGCCUUUCUGAGCCCCUGACACGGAUUUGGGAGCCUGAGGUGACCCAGCCCAGUGUGGGUCCUGCUGUGUUCUGUGGAGUGGGUCUGACUCUGGGGCUGCUGGGAGUGGCUACCGGAACAUUCUUCCUCAUCAAAGGAAACGAGUGUAACUGAGACUACAGGUUGAGUACAUCAUGGUCAAAUCUGUAUGAAAUAAAGAGGACUCUGCCUUAAUUUUAAGUAUAUUUGUAUUGUUAAAAGUUGUAUAUACAGUAUAUUGAAGAUGACAAAAUAUGUUUUUCCUACCUUAGGAAUAUGAGGAUAAACAGUACAGAUACCAGUGUGUACACUGGAAGUUUCCAUUUUUCCCUUCAAAAGACAUAGCAUCACAAUCUCAGUACAGUUUAAUUGUUAAUUAUGUUCUAUAAUCACUAUAAUUUUUAUAAUUAUUAAAUUGAAAUAACAUUACAUAUUUGGCAAUUUUUCUAUUACAAUCACAUUAGAAAUAAAAAUAAAAAGAACAACAUGUAAUCAUUAAUACAACUAAGAUAAUUAUUAGGUACUCAAUUGGUGUUGUUUUUCCUUUUCCCUUUGUGACCUUUGAGGUUUUGAUUAAAGUUUGCUUAUUUGCCCUU